AGUCAUAAGAUCUGGGUGUGGCAUAAAACAAUGCUGCCAAGGGAAGGUGCUGUGCUCAUCAGGCUCGGUGAUGAGUGGGCUGAUGUGUUCACAUACAUAUAAGAAAACAGAAUAGAAAACAGGAUCAUUCAUUCAACAUUACAAAAAGCUGGCCAGCUUCUCAUCACUGAAGCACUCAAAGGCAAUCAUUCAAUCAAGCAACAAGAGAAGACGAGUUGAACAUGUCGACCGCUGCGGGAUUAAAAAUCGUACAGGGACAUAGCAAGGCAUCUCUCGGGCUGUGGCUAUUGGCAGCCUGGUCUCUUGUGACGCCCACCUUUUGCCAGCUGAUGGAUCAUCAGAACAUAAGGGGGGAACGAAACCUACAAUUUCGCGGCAACGAAACCUUGAUUACCCCAGCGGACGAUGAACAACACAUCAUUGGCGGAUCUCCGGCCUACGAAGGUGAAUUUCCCUAUUUUGUCAAGUUCGAGGGGGGUACUUUGUGCGGAGGAUCACUCAUCGCACCAGAUAGAGUCCUUACCGCAGGACACUGCAUUCAGAAUGGAUGGCCACGACAAGUUCGGGUCGGAUCUCACACCAAUUCCCACGGCCAGCUCGUACCCGUUCUGUGUGGUGUCAGACACCCGAACUAUCUCACCCCAUUCGUCACGGUACUUCACGAUGUCGCCGUUCUCAAACUCGGAUUUGCAGUUGGACAUCUACGCUUUGCUGAUCUCAACACCGACAAUAAUUUCCCAAGCGUCGCCGGGAGCCAAAUGACUGUCAUGGGGUAUGGAAAAACAUCCAACAGCGGCGGAGUUAGCGACCACCUACGCAAGCUUGACACAAACUUUGUCACCCACCAGGAGUGCGUACAAAAGUACGAUGCUACCGUCGUCAGGCCAAACGCUCAUAUUUGCGGAGAUGUCUGGAGUAAAGGAGACUGUAAUGGCGACUCUGGUGGUCCCGUCAUAGACAAACAGACUGGUAAGCAGGUUGGAUUGGUAUCCUUUGGCUACGGAGGAUGUGCUUCAAACGAAUACCCAGACGUUUAUGCCAAGGUCAGCAGUUACAAUCAAUGGAUUCAACAGGAAAUCAGCUCCGAUUGGUGCCCUGCCGCUCCAUCCGGUGGUGGCUCGGGAGCGUUGCAGUUUUGUCGCACAGGGCUCUAUCUCGGAGGUGCUGCUGUCUAUCGAGUUGGGAGCUUCUUCUCGGGGCUGGUCAAUUUUAUUACAUCAUCGGAAAUUACCUUCGAAGACCGAUAGUCAAAGUCAAGUCAAGUCAAGCCACACAGGCAGAAACGGCCUCGACUUUAGUAGAAGCCGUAAACAGACUUCUUGUUGCUUGCUACCGGUAUAGUUCACCCUAACCAAAAUCAACGAUUGAUUGUAUACUAUAGCGUAGCUACCAACAAGAUUGUGUAUAGAGCUGUAGCGGAGG